CUGUCGAAAGAGUAGUGUUUCUUUUACUGUUUACCCGCAAUUAUGGCCUCGAGUCCGCAAAGCGACGCCUCUACAGCGACAGAGGAUGCUGAAAUAAUCGCUAUUCGAGAAGAAAUAAGGUCUAUGCAGAAGAGACGAAGAUUGCUCUCAAACAGUCUCCUUGCCUCUGAAUUCGUUCAGAAACAUAUCCAGAACCACAUAUCUCCGGCAGACAACCAUGAGAUCUCCCCGUUGGUGCUAGGCGCAGGAAAACACAGCCAGUCUAACCAUCACCGGAUCGCGUUCUCAGCCACGACCUUUCCCUUCACCGAUCCAUCGCCAUACGCGGACUCUCGAAAUCUGCUGGGGAUUAGGAUUGAUAUCUGCAGGCGCGAUGGACGAUUUUCCAAACCGUACUAUGUCCUGCUGAAACGGGAUAAGGGUGAUGGGAAACGGCUCCGCGUACACCGUCAUACAAUCCCUGCAUUUAUUUCGAUGGAGAAGCUGGAGCAGAGAUAUUUACCCGUGGUCCCCAGAGGAGCGGAUGGUGAAGUUGACGAGAUACGAGCUUCAAAGACGAGGAAACAGAACCUUUCUGCGUUUGUUCGCGACUUAAGGCAGGAACUUGUCGCGUGGCACUUACGCUCGGAUGCUAUCGACUGGUUGCGAGAACGACUCAAAUUGCCGCGUUCUGACCCUUCCCAACCAGUGUCAUUCGAUGAAGGCGUGCCUACCAACAAACUUGGUAUAAUCUCGUUGUCUCCCACCUCACUCGAAGCGAGAUACGUACGUCUAGAAUGGGAAGAUGGACGUGUCGGGCGAUUCAAGAUUUCAAAUAACGGCGAAGUGGCUCGUGUUGUCAUUAUUGGGGAUCAUGGUAGAGACAAGAGGACCGAGGAUGCGAUGACCGGCGGCAAUAGAAGAAUUGAGAGCUUACUCGAAAGACUAUCGCAGCCCGAACUAUCCACAAGAUGACAGACAUCGCUAAACUACUUUCCUCACUACGACUAUACAAAUGAACGAGGCAAGGAUCAGGCGACCUUUGACAAGAAUUAUUGAUUGUAUUAUGGAUUUAUUGAGCUUCUCGGGUACAUACCGCCCUGCCCGUAAAUGGCACCCAAAUCGACCUCUCAGAUUGCU